GCUAAGGCUAGAGGACUGAUGGAUUUGCGCAUCUUCUUCGACAUGAUUAGAUUAGACUCGUUGCAAGGUGGCUCUUACGUCAUUGAAGCAAUUAAGACGGACCGUUGCCAAUCAUGUGUUUCCAGUGGAUAAACUGAGGAGAAUGUCUGAGGUAAAUCCCACAGAAAAAGUUGCUGUAACAGUCCCAGAGUCAAAGACUCCACCAUCAAGGACAGAUCCAGGGCCUGUGAUUGGUGGACUGCACCUGCGAUCUACACCAGGGGCUUGUUUGUUGUUUGCUGGUGUUUUGCUGAUAGUAGGAAUCGCCGUCGCUGUGAUGGGGUAUUGGAACAGUCAACCCCGCCGACAACAAACACCACAUCAUGUUUCAACUGGACGCACCUCUUCAGAGAAACUGAAGCUGAUUGGUCCUGUCAUCAUGGGGGUGGGGCUUUUCAUAUUUAUUUGUGCCAAUACAGUUCUCUAUGAAAAUCGUGACCAAGAAAAACGUUACAAACAAGACCGAGAUAAAGAGGACCAAGAGAUCCUGCCACAAGUACAAACUCAUAGGAAUAAUGAUUCAAAAGGAUUCUCACAAAUAGAAAUGAACAUGCGUACAUUGGACUUUUCUGAGGUCAACAUUCAUUGCUUAGAAGAAGGGGUGGGAAUUCCCACUCUAAAGUUCUCUUCCCCAUCCUCUGGCUCAUGUAGCUCCAGUCAGGUAAACUUGGAGACUGGAUCACCUCUCAGAGAUCACAGAAACAUGGGAACAUUGGCCUUGCCAGUCAUUAAACUCAAUGACUGCCUGAUUGGCCGCUCAGACCCAGAGCCUCAACCUCUCCCUGAACGGACAUACAGGAACAAUAUGGGAGAGGAAAAUAUAACAAAUGUCGAGCUAACACAAGUUAAUCCAGCAGAUUUAUCUCUUAUUACACUGAGCAAAGAAGGGCAUUGAUCUCAAACUCAAGUCCUCGAGGGCCACAGCUCUGCACAGUUUAGAUCCAACCAGCUCCAACUCACGCCUGUAAGGAAGUUUCUAGUAAUCCUGAAGACCUUGAUUAGCUCAAUGGAUCUGGAUCAGGUGUGUUUGAUUAGGGUUGGAGCAAAACUGCAGAGCUGUGGCCCUCCAGGAAUUGAGUUUGAGAUCACUGGGCUAAAGGAUCGGCAGUCUUUUACAUGUUGUCCUCACUGUCCACAUGUAAAUAUAUAUUCAAGUCAAACUAAAGAUGUUAGGGCUGAGAUAGAUUUCCAAAUUUGUUU